UUGUGUAAGUAGCCUAUGUGCUGUCAGUAGUACACUUGUGAAGAAAGCGAAUUCUGAUGGAUGUAACUGUAAACCAAUAUUUUUUUUAACAGAAACAGAUCUUUUGGAAGGUUUGUUGUUGUUUGGAUAUAAUUUUUCAUCACUGACAUUGAUAUAGAAAGAGCGUGUGGCAAAGAAUUGUGUCUGAAUAUCAGCUGUUUGUCAGCCAGCUAGCAAUAACAGCAGCUCUGGUGGUUAGCAGACAAUAGAACACUCGGCAUGACACCUUCUGUUAAAGUCAGCUUGGGCUCGGUUUUGUCACACUGUAGUGAGCAAACAGCUCCAUUAGCAUGCCUAUAGACAAUAAUAUGAACCAGGACUGUCCUCCAUCGUCCAGUCCAGUGAGUGCUCCAACACCAGGAGGGAAAGAGGACAAUGUGUCCAGCAGGACAUCAAGUGGCCUGUCCAUCCCGGAGAGCAGCCAGGAAGAGCCAGCUGCCGCAGCCUGUCCUGGUAACGCUGGGCCUGAAACCUCGAAGAGAUCGCAGCUUCUGCUCCAUAUCAACCGUCAGGAGAUCCAGGCGGUGGAUCAGAACGAUCAAGCAGCCGAGCUCCAGGGUUUGGGAGUGGACGUCUAUGAUCAGGAUGUUCUGGAGCAAGGAGUCCUGCAGCAGGUGGACCGAGCCUUCCAGGAGGCCAAUCAGGCCAAGGCGAGGGCUGAUGCAGAGAAAGAAUACGAAUCCGUUCUUGACGACGUCAGGUCAUGCACAAGUGCUCUAAAACACAUCAACAAGAUAUUAGAGCAGCUUAGUCCUCAUGCUGCCUCCAGCAAGGACAUCAGCCGGAAAAUCGACUCUGUCAAAAGGCAAAAGGAAAAUAAGGAGAAGCAGUUAAAAAAGAUCCGAGCCAAGCAGAGACGGUUACAGGCCACUCUGAGUGGAGAGGACAUUCAGAAGCUCGAGGAAGCGUCAUUGACCGAGGAUGACACAGAGGCAGGCCCAUCCACACAGGGCAGCAUGCUCAUGCCCACUCAGGAGACGGAAUGGGAAGCGCUCAUCCGUACAGGUCAAAUGACACCUUUUGGCACACGCAUUCCUCAAAAGCAAGAAAAGAAAGAACCACGCAAGUUGAUGCUUAGCGAAAACUCAGGCUUUGACAAGUACCUCACAGACCAAGCUAUGAUGGCUGAGAGAAGAAGGAAACCAACCCCAAAGAAGAAGGAGAAGCAUUCCAGGAGUUCCUCUGUAAGCACCUCAAAUAACAGGGCGUCCUCCAAGCAAGAAAAGAAACUGCAGAAACGGAUGCGGAAACUCCAAAGGACUGCCCUAAAGGCUCACCCCAAAGCAAGGCCCAAAACAGAGAAAGAAUUUCCCCAGAUCAGACGGAAGAGCUACAGAGAAGACGGCACAGACAGCGAGGGCUCCGAGUACGUGCCUAGUGAUGAGCUUAUGGAUCCUGAGGAACCAGAGCAAGAUGAUGAGUUCUGGCUGGAUGAACAGGAAGAGUAUGAACUUAAGCCUUAUAAGAAGAAGGAGGCUAAAACCAAGAAGGCAAAAAAAGAGGAUGACUGCGAUGAAUACCUGCCUGAGAGUUCUGAGGACGAGGAGGCCGAGAGGAAAGUCAAGGUGAAGAAAUACAAAGACGACGGGGAUAUUGAAUAUUACCGGAAAAGAAUUAGGAAUUGGAAGCGGCAGAGACUCCAAGAGAAAGAGCAGAAGAGGCAAGCAGGAGAGGACGAGUCUGAAGAGAGUGAUGCUGAGUUUGAUGAAGGUUUUAAGGUGCCAGGAUUUCUCUGGAAAAAACUCUUCAAGUAUCAGCAGACAGGUGUCAGGUGGCUGUGGGAACUGCACUGCCAGCAGGCAGGAGGCAUUCUGGGAGAUGAGAUGGGCCUUGGCAAGACCAUCCAAGUAAUAGCUUUCCUGGCAGGCCUGAGCUACAGCAAGUUGAAGACACGCGGCUCCAAUUACAGGUAUGCUGGAUUGGGGCCUACAGUCAUCAUAUGCCCAGCCACAGUCAUGCAUCAGUGGGUGAAGGAGUUCCAUACCUGGUGGCCUCCAUUCCGCGUAGCAGUUCUCCAUGAAACGGGUUCCUUUAAUAAUAAGAAGGAGAAGCUCAUCCUUGAGAUAGCCGCUAGCCACGGGAUCCUCAUUACGUCUUACUCAUAUGUGCGCAUUAUGCAGGAUUACAUUCAGAAAUAUGACUGGCAUUACAUCAUCCUGGAUGAGGGCCACAAAAUCAGGAACCCAAAUGCAGGUGUCACUGUUGCCUGCAAACAGUUCCGGACCCCUCAUCGGUUCAUCCUGUCUGGCUCACCCAUGCAGAAUAACCUGAAGGAGCUUUGGUCCCUUUUUGACUUUGUGUUCCCAGGGAAACUGGGGACGCUUCCUGUGUUCAUGGAGCAGUUCUCAGUGCCUAUCACCAUGGGAGGAUAUUCCAAUGCCUCUCCAGUGCAGGUGCAGACAGCCUAUAAAUGCGCCUGUGUCUUGCGUGACACCAUCAAUCCGUACCUGCUGAGGAGGAUGAAGGCUGAUGUAAAGGCCAAUCUCUCAUUACCAGACAAAAAUGAGCAGGUACUGUUCUGUAGAUUAACUGAAGAGCAGCGGCAAGUCUAUCAGAACUUUAUAGAUUCUAAGGAAGUGUAUCAGAUACUGAAUGGAGAUAUGCAGAUUUUCUCUGGGUUGAUAGCUUUGAGGAAGAUUUGCAACCACCCGGACCUGUUCACUGGUGGGCCACGCCUGCUGAGGAGCAUACCUGCAGAGGAACUGACUGAGGAGGAGCACUUUGGCUACUGGAAGCGCUCGGGCAAGCUAAUAGUGGUGGAGUCUCUGCUCAGGUUGUGGUUCAAACAGGGACACCGAGUCCUGCUCUUCACUCAGUCCAGACAGAUGCUGGAGAUCCUGGAGGUGUUUGUCAGGGAAAAUGGAUAUACCUAUCUCAAAAUGGAUGGCACCACCACCAUCGCGUCUAGGCAGCCGCUCAUAACGCAGUACAAUACGAACAAGGAUAUAUUUAUUUUCCUUUUGACGACCAGAGUUGGAGGAUUGGGCAUCAACCUGACGGGUGCAAACAGAGUAAUCAUCUAUGAUCCAGACUGGAACCCGAGCACAGACACUCAGGCCCGUGAACGUGCUUGGAGAAUAGGGCAGAAACAGCAGGUGACUGUUUACAGGCUGCUCACCGCUGGGACCAUUGAAGAGAAGAUUUACCACAGACAAAUCUUCAAGCAGUUUCUCACAAAUCGAGUGCUCAAGGAUCCAAAGCAGCGCCGUUUUUUCAAGUCCAACGACAUUUAUGAGCUCUUCUCACUUAGCAAUCCUGACGGCUCCCAGGGAACUGAGACCAGUGCAAUAUUUGCAGGCACUGGGUCAGAUGUACAGAUUCCAAAAAGAUACAAACCACCUCAUCAGUCGCCAUCAGAGCCAGAGAAAACCCACUCGUCUUCACUGUGUAAAGAAAAUGCUUCACCUGAGCCUUUAAACAGAAAAACUCCAACUCUCAAUGGCCUUUCUGAAAGUGACUCUUUAAACAUUACAUCCACAUCACACUCUGCUGAUGAUUCAUUAACAAAUGGUCAUCAGCAGGAUCUGUUUAUCGCAAACACUCCUCAGAAACACCGGGAAAAGAAAAAGCACUGUGACGUGACCGAUGCAGUGAGCCGGCCCUCACAUAAACACGAGAGUAAAAAGCGUAAGCACAGCAAAGAUGCCCGGUUUGAAGGUCAUCGAAUCUCUCACCUGGUGAAGAGGAGGAGAUACAAAAGAGAAGAUGGCGAGGAUCAGAAGGACACAAAAAUUGAGCAGAAGAAUGAUGACUAUGUUCUCGCCAAACUCUUCAAGAAGUCUGGGAUCCACAGUGUUAUGAAACAUGACACAAUCAUGGAGGCAUCAAACCCAGACUACGUACUGGUGGAAGCUGAGGCCAACCGGGUUGCUAAAGAUGCCCUUAAAGCACUGAAAGUGUCCAGACAGCACUGCAGGCUGCCAUUCAGAGGAUCUGCACCAGCAACACCACCCCCGGUCAGAAAAAGAUUUGGACAGAAGAAGAACUCUCUUCUCAACCAUUCCUCGAACACAACACAGAAAACAGACGAGAAAUGCAAGGACGCAGAGUUGAUAAAGAAAGCAGGCGUCAGAACACCAGGACCUGCUGUGCACUUCAGUGGAGAGGGAGUGGAGGAAGAGGCACUUUCUGCUUCCCUCUCCUCCUCCUUACUGUUAGCCAGAAUGAGGGCCAGGAAUCACAUUAACGUACCUCACAACCAAGAUGAAGAUGAUGCUGAUGAUAAUGAGCAAAGAGAGCAGUCUGCUACUCCACAUGCCUCCCCUACUGAGCAUGAUGAGCUGCUGGUGGAUUUAAGGAACUUUGUGGCCUUUCAGGCUCAGGCUGAUGGCCAAGCCAGCACUCAGGAGAUCCUGCAGUAUUUCACCCCGAGAUUAACCUCCACGCAGACUCCAGUGUUCAGAGAAUUGCUUCGGAACAUCUGUGACUUCCACAGGCUCCCUGGACAAGAGGGGAUGUGGAAACUCAAAGCUGAAUACAGAUGAAGUGAUGGGAAUAUGUUUAAUGUUUAUACAUAAAUUUAUUUUGUAAAUUUUGAAUGCUUUACCGUAUGUGGUAACGGAACUCGCACUGAGAUAAAUGCUGUAAUUUUUCAUGGUUAAUGUAUAGUAUACGUAUGUUGAUGGUAGCAUGUUUAAUGGUAUGUGAUUGAUAUACCUUUUUAUUAUUACUUUUAAAGCACUCAUUUUCUACCUUAUUGUUGCAGUUCACUUACUGAUGAUAUACUUGACAAGCUUUUUUUUUUUUUCCUCUCUUCCCUCCACUGUAUAACUGACAAUGGGCAAAUCUCAUUCAGAGAGACAAACCUGGGCUACAACUGUCAUAGUAUAAAACAUUUUUGUUUUCUUCAACUGUAAACUUGAUUGAGUAAUUUCAGUCUUGGGUUUAUUUUUUUUCCCCUGUUUUGUGCAGAUACAGUACCAGUCAAAAGUUUGGAAACACCUUCAAAUUUGAUGUUUUUAUUUUUUCUACAUUGUAGAACAAUACUGAACUCAUCAAAACUAUGAAAUAACAUAUGGAAUUAUAUGGUAAACAAAAAAAGUGUUAAAAAAAUGUUUCAUCUUUUAGAUUCUUCAAAGUCGUCACUAUUUACCUUGACAACAGCUUUGCACACUAUUGGCAUUAUCGGAACCAGCUUCAUGAGGUAGUCACCUGGAAUGCUUCUCAAUUAAUAGGUGUGUCUUGUCAAAAAUGGAAUUUCUUGCCUUCUUAAUGCAUUUGACACCAUCAACCAGUAAAGAGUAAAUAAUAAAAAUACAGUAAAUAGCCCUUUUUGACAACUGUAAUCCAUAUUAUGUCAAGAACCACUCAACUAAGUAAAGAGAAAUAACAGUCAGUCAUUACUUUAAGACACGAAGUGUCUUUUAGUUAAUUAAAAUAAAGAAAAAACAUCGAAUUUGAAGGCGUUUCCAAACUUUUGACUGGUACUGUAUGUACAAAUAAUGCCAUCAUUACUGUAUGUAUUUAUUUGUUUGAACACAUUCUAGUGCUGCAUUCCAAUGAAAUCUGUCAGUGUGGAAGAAUUAAACUGUUUAUAUACAGUCAGGUCCAUAAGUAUUUACAGUUUUACAUAAGUAGUGACAGUUUCAUAGUUUUGCCUCUGUACACCAGUGAUGGAUUUGAAAUGACACAGUCAAGAUGUGAUUGGAGUGUUAAACUUUCAGCUUUUAUUCAAGGAGUUUAACUAAAAUAUUAAUCUGUACUGUGAAGUGAUGUCUGAUCGGUUUUGCAGCAUUUGACUGAAGCAAAGCAUAAAUUAUAGCUCGAUUUACUUCAGAAUUCAUCCUGCUACUUCUAUCAGCAGUCACAUCAAUAAACAUCAGUGACCCAGUUCCUUUGGCCGCCAUAGAUGCCCAUGUCCACCAUGUUUGAUAGAUGAUGUGGCAGCUUUUGUCAUGAGCCCUUCCUUUAAUUCUCUAUACUUUUCCAGUAAUUCUGGUGCAAGUUAAUCUUGCCUUCAUCUGUCCAAAAAAAAAUCUCGUUCCAGACCUGGCAAGCUUUCUAGCAAAGUCUGUCUCUGAGGUGUUGAUGUUUGCAUCUUGAGGUAAAUGCCCUGUAUUCUCUUGAUUGGAGACUUUGACAGUGAUGGACCUACCUCCUUGAUGGUGUUUUUGACUUGCUAGAUAUUGGGAAAGAGUUUUUCUUUACCAAGGAAAGAAUUCUGCAAGCCUCCAUUUGAAUUGUCUGUUUAAAAAAAGGUUGUAAUUCCUAAACAGUUAAUGCUAUAUUUUGGUUAAAUGUAUUGAAUUAAAGAAGAAAUUCUACACUCCAGUCAUAUCUUGAUUGCUUUGUUUCAAAUCCAGUGUGAUGGUGUACCGAAGCAAAAGUCCAAAAAUUGUCACUGAGCAAAUAAUUAUGGACUUGUCUAUAGAAUGCUAUUCUCUGUAACAGUAUUUUGAUGGGCAAGACAGUAAGUCAUCAUCUAAUCUAACACUAUAUUAAUACUAGGGAAAUAGGUCCAAAUAUAGUUAGGUUUAUAUUUCAUAUUUGCAUUAUGUUUCCUCGAAUUCAGUCUUGGUGAAAAGUCUUCCAAAUACAUCUUCCUUAUAUUAUGCAAAUUCAAUCAGAGUUAUUAAGUUGGAAAUGAGAUUAUUUAAAUUGCAGCCUGACGCUAGAUUCGAUAUGGAAUAAUCAUGCAGUGUGAUGUAUUUAUAAGAUGAGAUAAAUACAGUCAUUAUUGUCCCUUUUUUAAUCUAAAAUCAGUAGUUACUCUCAGUUUCAUUGUGCUAUAAAUGAUGAUGAAGUUCCUCUGGUUAACUCAGUGGGUUAAUUGCUGAAGUGUUGGGCUAAUGGUUAUUGACAUUUUGGUAUAUAUAGGCAAUUUCUGUAUUUCAGUGAUAUCUACUCUCAGGUAACCUAAUAUAAAAUUACACAUAAUUAGUCUAGAUUGCUUUCGGGUUUAUGUUCUCUUCAAGACUGCAGGAGUCAAUAAGAGCACAGUGUGGCUUCAGAUCCCGCUGACCAUGGUACUGAAAUCUCAACUCGCACUUCACUCUGCUCACGUGCUUUCCAUCACACUCCUAAACGUUCUGUAAUUAAAACGAAUACAUGAUUUCUUGCAUUU